UCAUGCUGCUGCCAAGUCUCCAGAGUCUCUCAUGGGUCCCUGUACGGCCUCCCAUUGCUGCUGUCUCCAUCGCCACACUCUGCUGCCAUGUGCCACUUUCAGGUCUCUUCACACUGCUGGUGUGUUAAAUUUUUUGACAUAGGGUGCAGGCAGAUUACGGGCCUCACAUAGCUGCUGCCACAUGGGCCCCUAAUCUGCCAUGGGCCCCUAUAUACCCCCGCCUCCUCAUGCUGCUGCCAAGUCCAGAGUCUCUCAUGGGUCCCUGUACGGCCUCCCAUUGCUGCUGUCUCCAUCGCCACACUCUGCUGCCAUGUGCCACUUUCAGGUCUCUUCACACUGCUGGUGUGUUAAAUUUUUUGAC